AUGACUCCGGUGGCAAGGGAUGAGUCGGUCGAGGUCAAUACUGCGGGGCAUUUGGAGGAGGUUUCCACAGAGUUACACGAGACGAUUCCCAUGCUCGAGGAUCAUGCCCUGGAGCCUGUGGCUGUGCUGACCGAGGAAGACUUCCCUCACGUUGGAGAGUCUUCAUCUCUUGUUCCCAACGAGAUUAUCAUAAAUCCAUCGACGAAGGAUGGAAAAAGCUUAGCCAUGGUUCCUCAUGAAGGAGCCUCUCCACAAUUCCUUAAUCAUGUAUGA